AUGUCAUCCUCAUCACAUGUUAGCGUAUUGGUUUCUCAAAAUGAAAAAGAAAUCGACGAGGAUCUGAAGGAAUCUGAGGAAUUAAUGGAUAAGAAUGAUCGAGAGUCUGAUGAAGAAGAGCCGCAGGAUGUUCCAGAGCGUCUGGAAUCUGGGGAGUCUGGACAAGAAAGGGAGGGGUUAUUAAGUGGACAUCCAGCCGAUGAAGAAUUACAAGAAAAUCCAGAUAAGAAUGGUCUGCAGGCUAAAUAUUUGAUACCUUCGUUUCCGUCUGUCACUUUUCCAAAUCACUACACUAUAGUCACUGGGCUUUAUCCUGAAUCACAUGGAAUUGUUGGAAAUGAAUUCUAUGAUCCAGAUUUGAAAGAUUACUUUUAUUAUAAAGACCCACGAAAGAGUCUUGAUUCAAAAUGGUGGGGAGGAGAACCUAUAUGGGUUACAGCUGCUAAGCAAGGUCAAAAAUCCGGAGUAUCACAAUGGGUCGGUUCAUCUUCUGUGAUUAAAGGCCUUAUGCCAACAUAUCAUUACCCUUUUGAUCCAAAUGUGACAAUGGAUGAACAAGUUUCGCGUGUGAUGAAUUGGUUGGAUCUUCCAUUGAAUGAGAGACCAACGUUUAUUUCAGCGUAUGUAAGUGACGUUGAUUAUAUAGGUCAUAGAAAAGGACCUGACUCCGUAGAAUUGGAUGAGGCCCUGAAAUUGACAGACAACAUGACUCGCAAUUUAUUGGAGGGAUUGUCUCAAAGGAAUCUUAUGAAUAUCGUUAAUUUCAUAAUCGUUAGUGAUCAUGGAAUGGUAGCGUCAAAUGAUUCCAAUCUUAUUUAUCUUGAUGAAAUAUUCAACAUUUCCAAAGUCCAUCCUUUAGUGGGAUACCCCUUGGUUGAUAUUCGACCCUAUGAUGAUUUAGAUACUAAUGAGAUAUAUUUAAAGUUGAAGAACGCAAGUUUAAACAAACCAUGGGAAUGCUUUCUUCGAGACGAAAUACCCGAGAGAUACCACUUUCGCAAAUCACAUCGAAUCCCACCCAUAUUAUGCAUUCCGUUGAUGCCUUGGACAUUCGCAUCUCGUGAAUUUACGACAAAUCACACGACAUUCGGAAUCCAUGGCUAUGAUAAUCUUGAACCCAUGAUGAGAGGAAUCUUUUUGGCUGCCGGACCUGUGUUUAGGAAAGUUGCGGGAAAUACGAAAACAAAUGUAGUUAACGGAUUUUACAACAUUGAAGUGUAUAAUAUUAUAGCAAAGAUUCUGGAAUUAAUGCCGGCAGAGAAUAAUGGUACUGUUGGCGGAAUACUAUGGAAGUGA